AUGAAAGGCCGUCUUUUUGGAAUUUUGGGGCCUUCUGGAGCAGGAAAGUCAACAUUCAUCAACAUUCUGGCGGGAAGAUCCAAGCUCACCUACGGGUCCAUAUCUAUCAAUGGGGUUUCAGGUGACCCGACGAACGUCAUUGGUCUCGUACCACAAGAUUAUAUUGCUUUGGAAGAUCUCACUGUCAAAGAAAAUGUUCUCCAUGCCGCGCGUAUUCGGCUCGGUGGGCUAUGGGAUGACGCCAAGAUAGGAUUGCAUGUGAACCAAAUCCUCGAUUAUCUCGGACUAACACACGUGAUGGAUCAGCGUGUGGGAAGCAUUGAGAACAGAGGUAUUUCCGGGGGUGAGCGAAAGCGAGUUUCCAUUGCCCUUGGGAUUGUUGCUAUGCCGAUGGCAGUUAUUCUGGACGAGCCAACUUCGGGUCUGGAUGCAACAACCGCACUAUCGAUAAUGAACCUGCUGAAAUCGCUAUCAACCUUGGGUAUCACCGUCAUAUGCGCUAUUCAUCAGCCUCGGAGAGACAUCUACCAGCUGCUAGAUGACAUUAUUGUUUUGAAUCUUGGCAAACAAAUUUACCUUGGGGAGACAUCUACUGCGCAUAAGCAUUUUGAAACACUUGGCAGUGUCUUUCCCGCAGGAUGUAAUCCUGCUGAUGUUAUCAUAGACUGCGUCACUAAUUUACCAUCCUCAGCUUCGCAUCAUUAUCAAAGAAGUCCGACUGAUUGUUUACCAAUGCCCUCGGGAGACAGAAUAAGUGAAAGCACUUUGCAGGUGGCGGAGUUGAGGACAUCAUUCGUUCAACACAAGGCGACCUGGUACCGUCAGGUACUUUUAUAUCUGCUAUGUGGCAUCAAGCAGCAACAUCGACAGAUUUUUAGCCUAGUACUUGAAAUUGGCACCUCGGCAGCUGCAGGGAUUUUAAUUGGCUUGUCAAUACACGAAUUCAAAGGCCACAUAUUUCAGGGCUAUUUCCGACAGCCUUUCGGUCCCUUAUCAAGCGCAGUCAACUAUACCACCCUUCCAACUGCCGGUUUACUGUGUAGUCUGGCAAUCAGCCUUUCAGCUGCACCAGCUGGAAUAAGGAUCAUUGCUGAUGAGAAGCUUAUUUUCUACCAGGAUGUCUACACGGGUCAUUCAGCAAGCGCCUAUUUGCUUGGAAAAGACUUAGCCACCUGGCCCCGGAUUCUCGUGUCGUCCUUGCAAUUCACAACAUUCUACAUGAUUCUCGCAACCACCGUAAUCCCUUUUCACAUUUUGUUCUCACUUAAUGUGGUAUACUUCUUCUGUAUCUAUGGGCUUGCGUCGCUUGUGGCGUCGCUUGUCAAGCGCCAGGAUGCACUAUUAUUGGCUAUGCUUGCAAGCCUGAUAUGCGGGGUUCUGGACGGCUUUGGCCCGCGUCUAACACUUGUCAAAUCAUGGGGUAUGGGAUGGCUGUGGUAUAUGUGCCCUGGUACUUGGUACGCCGAGGCCUUUUUCAGUGAACAUAUCGUCCCCUUCUCGUAUUUGUACGACGUUGAUGCUGCUGCGAGAUUUGUUGGCUAUGUAACAGAAAGAACCGCGCUCGACAUCUGGUAUGUCAAAUCCACCCUCGUCCUUGGUCCAUGCAGCUGA